AUGAUGCAGCAGGGCUGUACGAUCAUCACCAUCUACCCGGUGUUGAGAACCAGCGCGCAGAGACGUCAAAAGGCCGAAGCUCUGCUUGCUAAACCAAAGUAUCCUCUCGAAACUCGCAACUGCGUGUUCCUGUACCUGCACUGGCGCACGGCGACGCGGAACAUGAUGCUGCUCAAGCAUUUGCUCGUUGAAUUUAUGUUGCAUUGCGAGAAGACGUUGCUGGAGUUCGUAGAAAGAGGAUGCCAAGUGAUCAGUGUCAUUCCGUUUGAACUGCCCCAAAUGGUACCAUUGGAACAACCCUCGCCGUCUCCAGCGUUGCAGGACUCUCCUCGGUCUGUGGACGCUACAACAGCUCAGCAACACGCAGAGUCGGAGGCGGUGGAGUCAACCUCUUCGGCUUCACCCUCCGCUAUAAGCGGUAGCGGCGAUGUAGCUGCGCCAUUGAUCGUCCAACAGAAAUCGAGAGGGAAGCAGAGGAAGCGAAAGACUGGCAAGACGGCACUACAAGCAGCAGCUUUAACAGCAAUGAAGCUGAUGGAAUCUAGUUUGACUGAUUCUGAAAAGCCUCAGAAGCGCAAGCAAGGAAGAAAGCGCAAAUGUGAACGGAAAACCAGUGAGAGGAUUGAAGAGAAGCCGAAAAGAGGCAAGCCGGGCUUGAGUGAGGCAGAGUAUCGCAGCCAAGUGGAAUUAUCUAAAAAGAUGGAGGACUUCGAGGCUCAAAUUCCGUGGGGAACAGUCUAUUUCAACGUACCACCUCCGUUUGACAAAGCAAAACACCCUGUACUUGCAUUAAAGUUUCGCAAGUUUUGGCUCAACCACUCACGUGCUGUGUGGGAGCGCAAAUUCUGGGUCCCCAUAUCCCGCAAAUUCGAUCUCGCCGCGUACAGCAAACGAAACAAUCGUCAACUGUUGGCCAAGAACGCGUUCGAGUCUCUGAUUAUUUCUGCGUACGAAGAGCUUGGAGCGGAGUUUUUCGUGAAAUUGGACUCGCAGAAGCCGCGACACCCAGGCUGGUGGUAUCGUGAGCCAGUUGUGGCUCUGUUUUGCCUACAGCAGAUGAAGGGCGAGGAUGCCAUGUGGGAGUACGUUAUGAACCAAGAACUUAAACGUUUUCCAGUCUGCAAGGUGCCUCUUCCUCUGACGGCCUCAAAUAUGGAGGGAAUGCGCAAGCGAGAGAGUGCGUCAGUGUGGAUUGACAACCCGCGAACUGAGAGGAUUCUGUAUGAAAUAGCUAUACUCAAAGCAGAGAACGAGGCAGGAAUGGUGAAGGAUGAUGGCGAAUUGGAGAGUGCAGGGACGAAUUCAAUGGAGGGAUUGCGAGGGGGAGCCAAGAUUGAGGUUUCUGUGAGGUUGUCAUGA